AUGCAUCUUUCUAAAAACCUUUUCCCAUGCCUUCUAAUCUCUGCGCUCACGAGUGCUGCCAAUCUGCAACCUCAAUGGGUGCAUUUUGACAGCAACGGAAUAUCUUUGGCAGCUCAUCUUUUUGUGCCACCGAUAAACUCGACAUUGAAUACGUCCCGUCCUGCCAUUGUGGUCGGACAUCCGCACGGCGGCGUAAAAGAGCAGACCUCUGGUCUGUACGCCCGACAGAUUGCUGAGCGGACCGGCUUCGUUACUCUCGCUUUCGACGCUGCCUAUCAAGGCGAAAGUGGUGGCUUGCCGCGAUACCUCGAGAACCCCUACCAACGCGCCGACGAUGUCCGGAAUGCCGUGACAUACCUCUCAACCUUGGAAAUCGUGGACCCCAAUCGGAUCGGCGCAUUGGGGGUUUGCGCAUCGGGAGGCUAUGUGCCGUUUGCUGCCCAGACAGACAAGCGUAUCAAGGCAGUGGCCACUGUCAGUGGCAUCGAUCUGGGAACUCUAUACUCUGAAGGAUUUGCGAAAUAUGGUGGCCCAAUGCAAGAUGGGCUUCAGGAAGAGCUUUUAGAGGCAGGCCGCCAGCGUAUUCGGGAAGAGGAGACAGGGAAGACGAAUCUGACCCGAAUCUUUCCGCAAACUGCAGCGGAUGUGUCGCCGAGCAUGCCAGUGUUUUACCAACAAUCAUACGAUUAUUACCAGACCCCAAGGGGGCAUGUUGAAUCAGCGCCAAACUGGCACCUUUGGCGCAGUCUCGACUUGAUCGCUACAUACCGUUCUUACACUUACAUGCAACUUAUAUCUCCCCGUCCGUUGUUGAUGAUUGCAGGCUCGGAUGCCGAUACUCUUUACUUCUCUCAAGUUGCAAUUGAGCAGGCCCAAGAGCCAAAGGAGCUGUAUAUUAUUCCCGGGCUAACGCACAUUGACCUGUACGAUCACACAAACCAGAGUGCGCCGAAGCUGGCGGACUUCUUCCGCACACAUCUGUGA